AUAGUGAUGUGCGAAAAGGCAGCGGUUGAUAAAAUUUUGGUCACAGUGAUCAGAAGGAAUUUGAGAAACCAGCUUUGGCGAAUCAACAUUUUGACUAGGUUUUUUGUACAUCUCCCUAGCUAGGUUUCCAAAUGGCUCAAUGCGUAAUCACAGCAAAAUACCCUCCCCACAUCGACCCUACGAAAACACCUCUAGCAUACGGAGACCGGGCAUUACCAAGACUGAACCGUGAAUUACAGGAUGAAAAUCUCCUGACCCGACAAAGAGCAGUGUUAUCGUUAUGUGACUAUCUUCAUGACCCAGAACACAUAGCAGAGGCUCUCAGAACAGGUGUAAUUCAGAGUCUCAAAGAUCUACUCAUAGACUCGGAUGUUACUGUUCGACAAAAAUCCACUGAGUGUUUGUAUGUCAUAGCAGGCCAUGAGGUUGGAAGAGAGGCUUUUCUGAAGUUUGGUAUUAUCAGUCCCUUGUCAAUGCUCUUUGAUGACUCUGAGGACAUUGCAAGAAAAAAUGCUCACAAAGCUAUGGAGAUGAUAUCAGAGACACCAAUGGGAGCAGACGGAAUUGUAGGUGAAAACUUAAUAGACAAGUUGGUGGACAAGUUACCGUCAGAGCAUGAUGAGAUAAAGGAAUUGAUCCUGGACACAUUACACUUCUGCAUGCGUGUGGACACAAAGAUGACUCUGAUGAGUGGUGCCAUGAAAGUGUUCACUGACCUCCUCGCCCAUGGGCUGCCCAGCAUCAGAGCCAAAGCGGCCCGAGACAUCAUGGACUUGAGUGUUCCAUUAGAAGGCAAGAACUUGGCUGUUGAAGUGGAAGCUGUCAGGAAGCUGGUGGAACUGCUAUCAGACUCUGAUCCUGAUGUCAGGGCUAAUGCUGCCGGAGCUCUAGCUAUGAUAACAAUCACAACAAAGGGCAAGUAUACAGCAAUAAAAGCAGAAGCUAUUGGUGCUUUGGUAAAGCUUGUUGAUGACCCAACCAGUGAAGUUCGCCUCAAUGCACUGAAGGCCCUAACCUGUUUAUCUGAAGCCCCAGAAGGUAGAGAGGUGCUGCUCACGCAAGUAGAAAAGAUUGAAGCCCACCUUAGUGACCAUAUCCCUGCAGUAGUAAAGGCUGCCACCAUCGCUGUGAAAGUCAUAACAUGGAAACCAUAAAUAAGGGCGGAAUGCUCAGCUCAUCCUUCUGAAAUAUAGUACAUAUUUCAGAAUUGUGUAUGUGGUUUCUUGAUUUGUAGGAAAGUUUCAUUCUUUGUUCACACAAAAUUACAUUUGUACAUGAAAAUAAAUGCAGACAAAAAAUGUGAGUUAAUGUAUACAUGUAUAAAUAAUUUAAUCAAACUACUUGUACAUAAUGUGUAUAUUUAAUAUCUUGUACACUUUAAUCUACCAUAUGUAUUGUAAUCUACCAUUUGCAUUCUACAGCUGUGAAUAAA